CAGCGCACUGGAACACUUACAUCUCUCUCUCUCUCUCGCUCUCUCCUUUCCCUGCGAUGAUGUCUUGAAUUGUUAUAUCCCAGCUCUUCGGACCUUCCUGCCUCGGCCACCCCUUUCCACGCUAGGUAGCCAGGCAGCGCGCCUUCCGUUUUGUUGCCUCUUCACCGACCCACGCACCUACCUACCUACCCUACUGCGAUUCCGAGUUGCCUGCGCGCCCUGUUGCCUUUUUACAUAAUUUCACCACACUUUCUCGGACGGAAAGCUACCCCGCCGCCACCGACUCAGGCAAUCCCACGAUAGCUUUCUCGACCUGAAACGGCUGCCCACCACAACCGAUCUUUGCAGAGAUAUCCCUCAAGAGAUUUUACCGGACAGAUACACGUACGCAGACGAUGAUUUCUGGCAGAGGUGGAGGAGGUACGGCCAUGCGGGCCGGACGCAUUCGGCCUCCGCGCCGCCCAGGUCGCCUCACAUCAGGCAUCGAUACCAGCGACUUCGAGCAGUGUUGGGAGACUCUCAAGCAGGCCCUCACAGACAUCCACGACCAGAACUGCAGCACGCUGUCGUUCGAGCAGCUCUACCGGGCGUCUUACAAGAUAGUACUUAAGAAAAAGGGGGAGAUGCUUUACGAGCGGGUGAAGCAGUUCGAGGAGCAGUACUUCUCCGACCACGUUAUCCCUACCAUCGAGCGCCUGGUCACGGCCAACCUGGUAAGCGCCGCUAUGGGUGGCGCGGCCACCUCGGUCAACGAGCGCCGCAAGAUGGGCGAGAUUUUCCUUGGAGGCGUGCGAAAGUCCUGGGACCACCACAACACUUCCAUGAACAUGACGGCCGACAUUCUCAUGUACCUCGACCGGGGCUACACUCAGGAUGCUCGCAAGGCGUCCAUCUACACGGCCACAAUUGGCCUGUUCCGUGAUCAUAUCCUGCGUGCGUCGCUCAACUCGAGUGGGCAAUACACCGUCUUCGACAUACUCAACUCGGUCAUCCUUGACCACAUCAACAUGGAGCGUGAUGGUGAUACGAUUGACCGCCACUUGCUGCGCAACAUUGUUCGAAUGCUGGAUUCCCUCUAUGAAUCAGACGAGGAAAACGAGGCCGAAAAGCUGUACUUGACCGUCUUCGAGCCCGAGUAUCUCCAAUCCGAGCAAGAAUACUACAAGCGCGAGUGUGAGCGGCUGCUCCGCGACGCCGACGCCGGCGCAUGGCUGCGACACACCCAGCGUCGGUUGCAGGAGGAGAACGACCGAUGCGACACCACCAUCCACUAUGAGACAAGAGAGAGGUCCAUCAAGGUUGUCGAGGAAGAGCUCAUUUCGGCCCAUCUGGACGACUUCUUGAACCUCGAGGGCAGUGGCUUGAAGUCUAUGGUCAACUAUGACCGCGAGGAGGAGCUGUCCAUUCUCUACCAGCUGGUAUCGCGGGUCGACUCUAAGAAGGCGUCCCUCAAGAAGAUCCUGUCUGCGCGUGUGGUCGAACUUGGCCUUGAGAUUGAACAGAUGCUCAAGGAUACGAACUUUUCGGCCGCCACUGCACAGGCUGACGGGGAGGAGAUUGAUGGUGGAGAGAAGGCCAAGGCGCUGAGCUCAUCCGCCCAGCAGACAGCUGCGGCUAUCAAGUGGGUUGACGACGUCCUUAAGCUCAAGGACAAGUUCGACAACUUGUGGAUCAAGUGCUUUCAGCAGGACCUCAUUAUCCAGACUGCACUUACCAAGAGCUUUUCCGACUUCAUCAACAUGUUCACCAAGAGCUCCGAGUAUGUCUCGCUUUUUAUCGACGACAAUCUUCGACGCGGCAUUCGAGGCAAGACCGAGACCGAGACCGAGGAGGUUUUGGAGAAGGCCAUUACCGUGAUCCGCUACCUCUCGGACAAGGACCUCUUUGAGCGGUACUACCAGAAGCACUUGGCCAAGCGUCUCCUCAACAACAAGUCGGAGAGCCACGAUGUUGAGAAAUCGAUGAUCUCUCGUAUGAAGCAGGAGCUUGGCAACCAGUUCACCGCCAAGUUUGAGGGCAUGUUCAGAGACAUGGAGUCAUCUGCCGAGUUGACGUCAGGCUACCGGGACCAUAUCAAGGGCCUGGGCGAUGUAUCGCGCAAACAGAUCGACCUUGCUGUCAACGUCUUGACGACCAACUCAUGGCCUCCCGAAAUCAUGGGCCGCACAUCGCAGUUCUCCGAGGGCGGUGGUUGCAUAUUUCCCGAGGAAAUCAAGCGUCUUCAGGAAAGCCUUCUCAAGUACUACCUCACCAAUCGCAGUGGCCGCAAGUUGACUUGGCUUGGAUCGACUGGCAGUGCUGACGUCCGCUGUGUUUUCCCCGCCAUACCUGGUGGUAAGGGCCCUCUGGCUCGUGAGCGAAAGUACGAGAUCAACGUUCCCACAUACGGCAUGGUCGUGCUCUUGCUCUUCAAUGAGCUGGAGGAAGGCGAGGAGCUGUCUCUCGAAGAAAUCCAAGCCAAGACCAACAUCCCUUCUCAGGACCUUGCCAGAACCCUCACUUCCUUGUCCAUCGUCCCCAAGGCCAGAGUGCUGGCCAAGGAGCCCGCCACCAAGAGCAUCAAGCCCGGCGACAAGUUCAAGUUCAAUCCAUCCUUCGUCAGCAAGACUGUUCGGAUCAAGGCGCCCAUCAUCAACGCCACCAGCAAGGUCGAGGGCGACGAGGAACGGAAGCAGACCGAGGAGAAGAACAACCAGACCCGAGCCCAUGUCAUUGACGCCGCACUUGUCAGAAUUAUGAAACAACGCAAGGAGCUCGGCCAUUCGCAGCUCAUUACCGAGGUCAUUGACCAGCUCAGCAGCCGCUUCAAGCCUGAGAUCAGCCUCAUCAAGAAGCGAGUCGAGGAUCUGAUCGUGCGCGAAUACCUCGAACGCGUCGAGGACACAUCGACACCGACGUAUCGCUACCUCGCCUGAGAACGCCAGCGACUUACUACCUUUGCGAUAUGAACGAUGGAUACGACUGUCAUGAAACGGGUAGAGGGGGGCAUCUAGGGCUGCAUAACGGAGGCUUACGGAAUUUAUUCUACCAUGCAUGGCGUUUUCAGGGGGCGGUAUGGCUGAGAAACUACACUUUUGACAUCUUUCCGAAAAAGAGGGCGGCGGUGUCUCGGGGAAGGCGGAACGGGACGCAUGCACAGAGCAUGUAUCAUUACGCCCAUUUUGUGCUCUGGACGAGCGAGGUUUGUUGUGGUUCUUCAAGGGGCCAACGGAAAGACGAGGCUUGUGGUCAUUUGAGCCGACCUGGUUCGGACGUUGUGGGUAUGAGACCCAGGCAGGGCAAGGGUGGUUCUGUAUAUACCUCGUUUCUUUCGCAUGUACAGAGGUUUAGGGAUACUGACUAGGUAUUUAUAGCUCGGAAACCUUUCCCAUUUCUUUAAGGGAAGUGAAACAUUGCGGCUGCAAAGCGCCGGUCUCUCGCUUCAUGCUAAUCGGGUCCUAUUUCAAGUUUCUCACCAUAAUGGCCGUCCGGCUUGGUCCAAGAAACACCAUAGUGAGAAUAUCCGGUUCUUUUCAUCCACGGGGAAGACGAUCAAAAUCGAAUAAGGAACGGAGACGAUUGUCACGGUUGCGAUGCUCAUUAGACAUGCUCCUCUCUCACUCUAUUGAAACGCCAAUGGGGAAUCAAAUCACUGAAAGCUCAAAGCCGGCCCCCUCAAUCCCGGAACUCCUUGUAGAACUCGCUGCACAGAAAUAACACGAUGCCAGAGGAAGUG